AUGCUCACAUCUCGUGUAAAAUCGAUUGACGAAGAGUCGAUUUGUUCAUCAAGCCCAAACAAAAAAUCGACAAAUUGGACAUCACUUUGGUUUGCCAACUUGAUCCAGUUUUUCUGCGGUCUUCAGAUGUCACUGUAUUUUACAUCGAUGUGGCCAUAUUUGUUACAGGUUUCUCGUUUUUCGAUGAUUCUUUGAAAACUGUUGUGUUUCAGCUUGAUCCUAAGACACCGCUCACAUUUUUCGGCACGAUUUUGGCGAGUUUUAGUGUUGGACAAGCGAUUGUGAGUUUUUUUCUUUUUUUUUUGAAAAAAAUUAGAAAUUUUCUUAUCAUUUGGUCUCUCAACCCUUAUUUUAUCAUUAUCAAUCGAAAACAACUCACUUUCAUUUGAAAAUUGCAAAAUUUUUGGAGAGAAAAUGCAGCAAACUAGACUGUUCCAGCGAAUUCGGAUAAUUUUCAGCCAAAAAAAAUAAAUGUGUGCAUUUUUGCGUCACGGUGUUAGUGCACACAAUUGAAUUUUGAAAAUUUUUCGUUUUUUUUUUCGCCCCGCGUUUUUGGCGCAAAAACUUGGUGUAGAUUUUUGGGCCUAUAUUUUGAUGAGUUAGCCUAACUUUUUUCAAUAUUUUACCACAUUUUUUAUCGAUUUUUUCUAAUUUUUCCGAAAUCCCUCCCCAAAAAACUCACCAAUCGCUUCUAUUCCUCGAAUCCCAAUCAAAAUCCUUGAUAAAUCCGAAAUACUCCAAGUUUUCCACGUUAUUAGCAUUGAAAUCCAAUUGUCCAUCAGUAUUUCAAGCUGAAAAUCAGAAAAUUUGAAUUUUUCAUGUAGCAUUGAGUUGUGCUAACUCCAUUUCUGUUUCUAUAUAGAUUUCUGAGGGCCUUCUGGGUCUUCCAGCUAUUUUUCAAAGAUUCACAACAAAAUCUUACCCAAAACCCAUUUUUUUCAUCUCCAGAACAUGAAUUUGACAUAAAAAUCAUGCGAAAAUCUCAGAUUUUGUCAAAUUUCUAUCAAAUAUCGCUUCAAAUCCAACCAAUAAUUGUUCUUCUCACAUUAAACAUAAUUUUCGACCCUGAAAACACAAAAAUUUCAAUCGAAACAGUGUUUCUCUAGGAAAAACCCACCUUUCUUCGAUAAUCCUUGAAUUUUCCGUUGGUAUCGAUAAUUUCAGCCUUGUAGAACGUCUAAAAAUUCAAUUUUUCACUGAAAUCCACUGAUUUUCCCCAGAAACCUAAAAACCCAGCGAAAAAAAAAACAAAAAAUGAAAGUAUUCUUUUGUUGCGCUAAAAAGCGGGCAAGCGCGCUCCACGGAGUGUCGUUGUAAAGUCAAUAAAAUUCAAUCAAUUUUCUAUAUUUUUGUGUCAAUAUUUGGAAAGAAUCAGGAUUUCUAGUGAAAAAAGCUUGAUUUUAAAAAAUUUAACUCAUUUUCAAAAAUUUCUAAAAAUAAAUUCUUCUUAUUCUAUUUUUAUCCGUGGCCUAGAUGACGUGAGAAACCAGUUCUCAUUUGCACUUUUCAUUUCUCAAUCUCUACGUUUUGCAGGGCUCGCCAAUCUUUGGAACAUGGUCCGAAAAAUCGGAAUCCUUCAAAAUCCCAAUCGCAACAGGCUUGGCCCUAUGCGUUCUAGGAAAUCUCAUCUACGCAGCUCUCCCCGAAAUCCACUGGAACCCAAUAAUAAUAAUGCUCAUCGCUAGAAUCAUCAUCGGUUUCGGUUGUGGAAAUCUAUCAGCUCUUCGUGCAUACAUCGCCGCCUGUUCUUUGCCAGAAGAUCGAAAUAAAGCUGUAGCAUUAUCAAUUGGCAGCACGGUGUUUGGCAUGUUAUUCGGGCCAGCUCUUCAAGCCUGUUUCGCAUUUAUUCCAGCUGGAAAUCGAUUUCUAGGCCUGGUUUUGGAUUGCUACACUCUUCCUGCUAUUAUGAUUUCAACAUUUCUAUCAGUCAUGACGAUUUUGAUCUUUUUCCAUUUCACCGAGGAUUUUGUUGGGAUUAUUGACCCAAAUGAAGAUGGAUUCGAACUUCCGCCUUAUGAUAGAUUAGCCGCAUGGAUUUGCAUAUAUUUAUGGUUUUUGAUUCAGACAAUUGCGGUGAAUAUUGAAUCGUAAGUUUGUUUUUCUCCAUAGAGCGCGAUUGCAUUUUCAUUUCCAGACUCGCCGCAGUUUUCACAAUUGCCAUGUAUAACUGGACAUCAGAACAAGCUAUGAUUUAUAACGGAUACAUCGAAUUUUUCUCGUGUGGACUCUCGGUGACUCAAUAUUUGAUUUUUGGAUUGACGAGAGUUGGGAAAAUGUAAGAUUUAUUGGGAGGUUUUUAACAAAGGGCUUCAGGCCUAAUUCGGGCCCAAAAAUUCUAUUUUUCUCGAAAUUUGGUCGAAAAUUUAGAUUUUUCUCGAAAUUUGGGGCUUUUUCGAGAAUUUUCAGGCUUCAAGCUUGAAGUCUGAGGUUUUUCAUGCUUCAGGCUUGAAAUCUGAGGUUUUUCAGGCUUCAGGCUUGAAAUCUGAGGUUUUUCAGGCUUCAGGCCUAAUUCCGGGCCCAAAAAUUCAAUUUUUUCUCGAAAUUUAGUCGAAAAUUUAGAUUUUUCUCGAAGUUUGGGGCUUUUUCCAGAAUUUCCAGACUUCAAGCUUGAAAUUUGAGGUUUAUCAGGCUUCAGGCCUAGUUCGGGCCAAAAAUUUAGAUUUUCCUCGAAAUUUGGGGCUUUUUCCAUAAUUUCCAGUCUUCAAGCUUGAAACCUGAAGUUUAUCAGGCUUCAAGCUUGAAAUCUGAGGUUUAUCAGGCUUCAGGCCUAAUUCGGGCCCAAAAAUGUAGAUUUUUCUCGAAAUUUGGGGCUUUUUGGAGAAUUUCCAGGCUUCAAGCUUGAAAUUUGAGGUUUAUCAGGCUUCAGGCCUAGUUCGGGCCAAAAAUUUAGAUUUUUCUCGAAAUUUGGUCGAAAAUUUAGAUUUUUCUCGGAAUUUGGGGCGUUUUCGAGAAUUUUCAGCCGUCAGGCUUGAAAUCUGAGGUCCAUCAGGCUUCAGGCCUAAUUCGGGCCGAAAAAUUCAGAUUUUUCUCGAAAUUUGGGGCUUUUUCAAGAAUUUUCAGCCAUCAAGCUUGAAAUCAGAGUUUUUUCAGGCUUCAGGCCUAAUUCGGGCCCAAAAAUUAUCAAUAAUUUUUCCAGAAACAAACGCUACAUGAUUCUAUUCGGUCUCCUCCUCUUCACAAUCUAUCACACCGUCGUUCUUCCCUGGCCAUUCUACCCAAAAACCCUCACCUACAAUCCAAAUGUCACCGAUGGUGCGUGCACCUUCAAAUGGUGUCAAUACGUUCCACAAAUCCCAAUCUACGUCUUCAUUCCGGUAUAUGUUUUAUGCGUCGGAAUUGCUUUUCCCUACAUCGGAACAUCGAUCGGAACACUUUUCACACAUAUUUUGGGAGAUCGUCAGCAAGGAACAAUGCAGGGAAUCUAUGCGUUAUUUGGGAGUGUUGCUCGAUGUGCUGCACCAAUUAUCACCACAACACUCUUCAAUAGUUCCGGAUACACGUGGAUUAGCGUCGAACUCUUGGUGAUGUUAUUUUUGGGGGCUGGAUUGGUGGGAGUAUUUUGGGAGAGAUUGGUGGCGUUGAAACCGAUCAAAAAGUCUGGAAGUAAAUAUUGA